UUCCGAGCUCAUACGACGCGUUUUCAAGUAGCAACAAAAUGUGUCUCUGUCUAUAAGAGACAUCCACCAUCGCGUAUAAGUUAGCAGCGCAGCCUAUCUCACGCGCGGUAGACGCGUGUUUUCCUUUAGAGAAAGGAAGGGCUAUCCAUGUGCAUUGCACAAUCCGUAACAAUCCGCUAUUACCCAAUCGAUGCCCUAUAUGGUAUAUUUUCGUAGGGUAACCAUCGCAACGAUUACACGAGGCAUCCUUAUCGUCAUUCCGGGCUGCCCAAACGGGCGUUUGGUUUGGCGUUUCCCGUUUUGGAUUAUGUCCAUUUAUGGUAACAAUCCAUACGCCAAAAUAUUGCCUACGUGUCUGCGAAGCCAACCAGGACCCACACGAGGCAAAUUAUUUGCAAAUGAUAGGGCGAGGGACGCAUAUAUAAAGAAGAACUCAAGGAAGUUUUGAAGAAGGCCGGUGACAAGAAAAUCGUCGAGCAUGCCCUUGGCGAAUGCCCUCGCGCACGAGAGGAGUUGGUCACUCAGGCCAUGAUCGACAGUGUUGUCGAACGCCUGUCGGAUUUCAGCCCGGACUCUGAUCUCAUGAAGAAGUGGCAGAAAGCUCAGAAAAAGAAGGACAAGAAAGCCGACCAACCCCGGCCCUCCAAUUCUUGGAUGGUCAUGCUCAAUGUAUUUCGCAAAAAUCGCAGCAUCCUGGUGCCCGACUGCCUCUCCCCGGCCCUGAUAGCGUCCUGGCUAUCAACCGUCAAGGAGAACGCGACCGCACACUUGCAUGACCGAUUCACGAUCGCCGCCAACAAAGUCAAAAAGAGUCACCAGACAUUUUUCCCGGACUAUAGGUACAAGCCUUCCCAUAUCCCGGCGACCAGGUCGGGCAGCAAGGCUUCAUCCGCUCGCAAUCCACGAUCUUCCUCCGACUCUGCCUCCCCAUCCACAUCCGGAUCCUCUUCGAGAAGCGUCAAGUCCACCAGAACAGCGCGCAAGAACGCCUCUUCACCGUACCCGACCCACCACGCUUCUCGGACACCCAGCCCCAAGCCUCACUCCGGACCAGAGUAUCAUGUCGCCUCUCUAGGCUCCUGGACCGACUCUUUGCCUCUCUCCUCCCGCCCGAUCGGGGGAGUCUUCCUCACGAACUCUGCGUAUGAAUCGGUCGCGCGCCAGGAUUCGCCUGCGUUCUCGCAGUCCAUGGACCACGACUUAGAGGCGACUGAUGGUCCUGCCAGGGAUGAUGAACCUGUAGAUGGCGCAUUCGAAGCGGUGGUACACAAAUCGUCAUCAUCUUCCCCGGGGCCCUUCGCUCAACCCACGCCUUCCAAUCAUCCGUCGCCAUCUGCACCCUCCUUUGAGCAACCAUUUAUCGGCGCUUCGGCGGCGGUUCAGUCCCCACCGCACGUGGCUCCGCCCUCGCCACAGCCUCAGGCUGAACC